AUCUGGUUCGUCCCUGGGACAAGCAUUGUUUACACCGAGCAUUGAUUGCUCCUAUUCUCUGCAGAUAGAAGAGUUGAGUCGUUGUUUUAUCAGUUUUCAGGUGUCUUUUGUUAGGCGUGGUGCUAAGUUUGCAGCCCAUGAGUGUGCUAGGUUUGCCGUCUUGCAUGGCGUGUCGUCAGAUUGGAUAGAGUCAGUUCCUAGUUUUCUGUCACACAGUAUACGGACUAAUUGUAAACAAGUAUUAGCGAGUUAAUAAAGUCGUGUGGUUGACCUAACAAAAAAAAGCAAAUUCUGUUUUUCCAGUAGUGAUUUAGGAACAGAGGGAUUGCAUUCUAGCAAGCGGAAAAAAGGUCGUCAACGUGUAGAUUAGCUUCUGUACACGACAGGGCCGUACAUCAAACAUGACGAUUGUCUUGUGGAAACCAAUACCCUUUCCAAAGCUUCUACUUUGUUAUUGCAAUCUAUUGCGAUCUCCGCACCAUUUUUUCUUUUACGGAACUCUCCGCACCAUUCCAAGAGCAUAUGGUCGACCACGCUGCGGAUGUAGCGCGCCGGCAGUCGAGACCAUUCAUUAAGAUAUGCAUCCUUCAUACCUAAGCGCUAUAUAUGCAAAAUUAGUUUGUGUAGAUGGUAGCUUUGCUACCCAUUUGACAGACAGCUAGCCUAAAACACAGAGGAUAUAUACUCGUAGCGCACUCGCAUCAAUGGACUUCGUGCCUGAACUGGUCUUUUUUAGUUUUCUCUUCAUCGUCGGCACGACUACAUUCAUCUGCAUGCUCGUCGUUCUGUUAUCGGAGCCUGGCACGGGAGUCGGUGUCGCCAUGGUCUCCUUCUGCCUCCUUUUCUGGUUCAUGUUGGGCGCAGUGUUCUGCAAGCGCAACUUCUUCGAACAGCCCUACCAGUACCAAGGGUCGUCCGUGGGGCGAUGCCUAGCCAAGGUUAUCGGUGCGCCACUGUGGUGCCUCCGCUGGGUCGGCCGGCUGCUCUGCCUGCCGUGCCCGUCGGAGCACGUCGAACUUGCCAAGCUGCGGUGCCUGAGCGCCGUUCUACGGACAUGCCCGGCACUGGCAUCCAUGGGAGACUGCUUCGACUGCAUGUUUAUUCUGGUCUUCGGUAUCAUGUUCAUCAUCUCCAUGAUUGGAGCAAUCUGGUUCUACGUCGAUCUAUUUUUGUGUGUUCUUUCUCUGUUGUUGGAGCCCGGCACUGGCGUGCGAGCCGGUGUCGCCGUGGUCUUCAUAGUCCUCCUCGUCUGGUUCAUGGUCAGCUCAAAAAUCUGCCAAGAACACGCCUUCUUCGAGCUGUCCUACCAAUGGUUGGCGGCCAUGGGGAGAUGGCCGGCCAAGGCUCUGGGCACGCCCCUGUGGUGCCUCCGCGGGAUUGGCCGGCUGCUCUGCCUACCGUGUCAGUGGGGGCGCCCGAGCAUCGUGGAUGGCGGCCCCGCUUCCGUUGCUCUGCCAGAGUUUGUGGUGCAGAUAAGUAGUCAAGCAGACGGGCUGCCCCAAGAGCCGCCGGUGCACGGCAGCGCGCGGCAGGCCACCGUGGAAGGCAUUCCAGCGUACGAGCAGCAGCAGGAUGGCGAAGGGCGAUCUGGCGGCGCAUCGGAGUGCGCUGUGUGCCUCGGGGAGGUGGAGAAUGGGGAGAUGGUUAAGCGGCUGCCGUCGUGCCUGCACAUGUUCCACCAGCACUGCGUCGACCUGUGGCUGCGCGACCACACGACGUGCCCGGUCUGCCGGUGCAGCGUUUUUGCACCGCUGCCGUCCCAAAUGGUGUGACAGAUCUUUGUUCUUUGUAAAACAGAACUACAGAGCUCGAAAUUAUAUGGAGGUGUGUAAAUUCGUAGCCUGCAUGAUCAAAGCCAUGCAUGCAAAAGAUGAUGCGUUGACGACGGUUGGCGGGCACUGAAAAGAUCCGGCGGCUCUCGCGCGAGGACGACGCGUACUAGUCCCUAGUUUGGUGGAUUGCAUCCUGCCCAAUUUGCCUUCCAUAUUCCAACUGAACAUGGAACGAUUAUCAUCACCACCCACUUCUUGUAGACUGCGUAAAUAAAGCCAACUUCUUUUAUA